AUGGCCAGGAGCAGGCCCUCGUCCGCUAAGUGGACGCUAUUGCUCUCACUGGCUAUCCUUCUUGGAUGCCUUGUCGUACCUGGAGUUACUGUGAAGCAUGAGAAUUUCAAGAAAUGUUCUCAAUCAGGUUUCUGUACUCGGAACAGAGCAUAUGCCGAUGACGUCUCCGCCCAAGGCUCGUCUUGGAGCUCACCAUAUGACCUCGAUCCUUCUUCAAUCCAAUUCAAAGAUGGCCAAUUGCAAGGUACGAUUCUCAAGUCGAUAUCCGCCGAGGAGAAAGUCAAGUUGCCGCUUGCGAUCUCCUUCCUUGAGUCUGGGGCCGCCCGAAUUGUUGUUGAUGAGGAGAAACGAUUGAAGGGCGAGAUUCAAGUCCGUCACAACAGUCAGGCGCGCAAGGAAAGAUAUAAUGAAGCAGAAAAAUGGGCGCUGGUCGGUGGCCUGGAAUCAAGCACCACCGCAGUGGUAGAUCCCGAUGUCGAAGCUGGCUUCACCAAGGUUUUGUACGGCCCAGACAACAAAUAUCAGGCAAUCAUUCGCCAUUCUCCUUUCAGCGUGGACUUCCAGCGCGACGGUCAGACCCACGUUCAACUGAACCACAAAGGUUUCCUGAACAUGGAACAUUGGCGGCCGAAGGUCGAAGCUGAAGAAGGUGUUGAGACCAAGGUGGACGAAAGUACCUGGUGGGAGGAAACCUUUGGUGGAAACACCGAUUCGAAACCCAGAGGCCCAGAAAGCGUCGGCUUGGAUAUCACUUUCCCUGACUACAACUUUGUGUUCGGUAUUCCAGAGCAUGCGGACUCUAUGUCUCUGAAGGAAACACGGGGCGGUGAUGGAAACCAUGAGGAUCCUUAUCGCAUGUACAAUUCCGACGUCUUCGAAUACGAGCUGAACAGCCCCAUGACACUGUAUGGCGCCAUCCCGUUCAUGCAGGCGCACCGCAAGGAUUCCACGGUGGGAGUCUUUUGGCUCAAUGCUGCGGAGACAUGGGUGGAUAUUGUCAAAUCCAAAUCAUCAUCUAACCCCCUUUCUCUUGGUGUCAGGUCCAAGGUAGACACACAGACUCAUUGGUUCUCUGAGUCGGGACGUAUUGACCUGUUCGUUUUCCUGGGUCCAACUCCACAAGAAAUCAGCAAGACCUAUGGUGAACUUACCGGCUACACGCAACUGCCCCAACAGUUUGCAAUUGCAUAUCAUCAGUGUCGGUGGAAUUACGUUACCGAUGAAGAUGUCAAGGAGGUGGAUCGCAAGUUUGACAAGUAUCAAAUUCCGUAUGACGUGAUUUGGCUCGACAUUGAGUAUACGGAUGACAGGCAGUAUUUCACUUGGGAUACUCUUACCUUCCCCGAUCCUAAGGGCAUGGAAGAGCAGCUGGAUGAUUCCGAGCGCAAGCUCGUGGUGAUCAUUGACCCACACAUCAAGAAUAAGGAGAAAUACCCCAUCUCCGAUGAGUUGAGGAACAAAGGUCUGGCGACCAAGAACAAGGAUGGCGAGAUUUACGAAGGCUGGUGUUGGCCCGGCUCGUCACACUGGAUCGACUGCUUCAAUCCUGAAGCGAUCAAAUGGUGGACUGGCCUGUUCAAAUACGAUAAGUUCAAGGGCACGCUUGCAAACGUCUUUAUCUGGAACGAUAUGAAUGAGCCGUCCGUUUUCAAUGGACCGGAGACGACUAUGCCCAAGGACAACCUGCACCAUGGCAACUGGGAGCAUCGUGACGUCCAUAACCUCAACGGUCUGACGUUGGUGAAUGCGACUUACAAUGCUCUGUUGGAGCGGAAGAAGGGCGAGGUUCGUCGUCCUUUUGUCCUGACCCGGUCUUUCUUCUCUGGUGCUCAACGGACCUCUGCCAUGUGGACUGGAGACAACCAAGCUACCUGGGAACACCUGGGCGCAUCCCUUCCUAUGGUGCUAAACAACGGCAUUGCCGGGUAUCCUUUUGCAGGAGCCGACGUUGGCGGAUUUUUUAAUAAUCCAAGCAAAGAGCUUUUAACCCGGUGGUACCAAGCUGGUAUCUGGUAUCCGUUCUUCCGUGCACAUGCGCACAUUGACACCCGCAGACGAGAGCCUUACUUGAUCGCUGAACCAUACCGGUCUAUCAUCUCCCAGGCUAUUCGUCUGAGGUAUCAGCUCCUCCCCGCAUGGUACACUGCAUUCCACGAAGCUUCGGUCAACGGAAUGCCUAUUGUCCGACCACAGUACUAUGUCCAUCCAGCGGAUGAGCAGGGAUUUGCCAUUGAUGACCAGUUGUAUCUCGGAUCUACUGGUUUGCUGACGAAGCCUGCGGUUGCGGAGGGCACCACUAGUGUCGACAUUUAUAUCGCCGACGAUGAGAAGUACUACGACUACUAUGAUUUCACGAUUUACCAGGGAGCUGGUAAGAGACAUACAGUGCCAGCACCUAUCGAAAAGGUGCCUUUGUUGAUGCAAGGUGGUCAUAUCAUUCCUCGCAAGGACCGGGCACGCCGCAGCAGCGGCCUGAUGAAGUGGGAUCCGUAUACGCUCGUGAUUGUCCUGGAUAAGAACGGAGAGGCCGAGGGUAGCCUGUACGUUGAUGACGGCGAGACCUUCAAUUACCAGCAGGGUGGGUACAUCCAUCGCCGCUUCCACUUUGGAAAAUCCUCUCUCUCGUCCGAGGACAUCGGAUCGAAGGGCCCCAAGACAGCCGACUAUCUGAAGAAGAUGGCAAAUGUCCGUGUUGAAAAGGUAGUGGUUGUCGACGCUCCCAAGGAAUGGCAAGCGAGGAGUAGUGUGACCGUCAUUGAGGACGGUGCCAAGGUGGCCACUACUUCUCUGCUGGAGUAUCAUGCUGGGCAAGCUGGCCAGGCGGCGUAUGCUGUGGUGAAGAAGCCCAACGUUGGCAUUGGAAAGACUUGGAAGAUCGAGUUCUAG